AUGGAUAAUGGGAUUCCCAGACAAUCUUCCAUAAAAAACAAACUUAAAAAUACAAUAUGUUGUUUCACAGGAAACAUUCAUCAUCAUGAUUCUUCAUUUGAAGAAGGAGAAGGAUUUUAUAACAAAUUGCGCAUACCAAAAACACCAAUCUCACCUCCAGGCUCGACAUGUUCAUCAUCCCUGUGGUUCAAGAAAUCGCCCCCAUGUAAUGGAAGUGAAUUUUCUCGUGUUAGGGGUAGAAGUAUAAGGGCACUCGUGGGUCUUAAACACGGUCAUCAUCGCCAAUCGCAUUCCGCGGAUUUUAGCUAUGAUCCUUUGAGUUAUGCACUCAAUUUCGAAAAUGAAAGUGCUCAAGAUGAUGUCCCAAUGAAAGCUUUUAGCUCUCGAUUGCCUCAGUCGCCGCCAUCUUCUUCGUCAUCGGGUGAUUACUCUGAUAAGCUUCCAAAAGAGAUUGUUGGAUAUAGUUGA